ACAAUAUUCCCACUAUCAAUUCUGUCAGACAAUUGACAGAGCAAAGAAUAUCAGCCUGUUAGCCCCAGCAAAACCUAGAAAGUUCCAGAAAAUGACAGAAGUAUUUCUGGAGAGAUGAAGGAUGCCUACACAGCCAAAAAAAAUUUGGGGUGGGGUAUGUGGGUGUUACAUGUACUGCACAGCAGAGGGGGAGGUGUUACAUUCACAGUUAAGCCUCUCCAAGCACAGCAGAGGGUGCUCCAAACCACAUCUUUGGGAGGGAUCCAGUUGCAAGAUAGGGCAAGCACAAAUACCAACAGACUGUUUCUGGAUUGCAUUUAGGAUUUUGGUUUGUUUUGGCAGUAGCAGAGAAGCCAGCACCAUACACCAGUGUGAUCAUGCCCAGUCUCUUCAGCAUCAUCUGCUUCCUGGGCAUUGUGGGGAACCUCAUUGUCAUUUACACUAUUGUCAAGAAGAAGAAGCUGAAGCAUAACCAGACAGUGCCUGACGUUUUCAUCUUCAACCUCUCCAUUGUGGAUCUCCUCUUCCUCUUGGGCAUGCCCUUCCUCAUCCACCAGCUCCUAGGCAAUGGCUCAUGGUACUUCGGAGCAACCCUGUGCACCAUCAUCACUGCCCUGGACAACAACAGCCAGAUCACCAGCACCAACAUUCUUACAGUGAUGACCCUGGACCGUUACCUGGCAACUGUCUAUCCUUUAAAAUCCACCUAUGUUCGGACACCAUGUAUUGCAGCUCUAGUUAUCUGCUUAGUGUGGCUCCUCUCCUUCCUGACUGUCAUUCCUGUGUGGAUGUACGCAGGCCUUAUGCCUCUGGCAGAUGGGACUGUUCGCUGUGCUCUCUUGCUUCCCAACCCAGAGACUGAUAUCUACUGGUUCACUCUCUACCAGUUCAUGCUGGCAUUUGCCAUGCCAUUGAUUGUGAUCUGUGUGGUCUACUUCAAGAUCCUGCAGCACAUAACCACCACUGUGGUUCCACUGCCCCAAAGGAGUCUCCAGAUUCGUACCAAGAAAGUUACUCGCAUGGCAGUUGCCAUCUGCUCUGCCUUUUUCAUUUGCUGGGCUCCUUUCUACAUCCUCCAGCUGGUUCACCUUGGCAUUGAUACCCCAUCCAUGGCCUUCUUUUAUGCCUACAAUUUUGCCAUUAGCUUGGGCUAUGCCAACAGCUGCCUCAGCCCCUUUCUCUACAUUGCCCUCAGUGAGACCUUCAAGCGCCAGUUCUUAGUAGCCAUCCGCCCUUCAAAAGUGCCAUGUCACAACAGCAGCAACAACAACAUGCCUGCCAACAACAACAGCAUGACAGAUGCUAGCAUAUGCCUAAAACUGGCUUCAGAAUCCACUCAACAGACUUUGCUUCCAGAGGACUCUCCACACUCAGUGACUGCAAAUGUUGCUGUUCACUAAGUGACACUGAAGUAAUCACAGCAGAGAGUCUUUUAAUCUGUAAAUCUGUGGAGGAGAAGCAGCCUCAGGCAGCUCUUUGUGAAGCUACAGACUGCUGGCUUCUUCAUUCAAGAGGGCAGGCGCUCAGGUCUGCUGCUUGGCAUUCUGUUCCAGCAACAGUUGCUUCCAGUGUCCUUUCCUGUUCAGCAAUGAAGGUAUUUUCAAGAGCUGGAUAGAUUCGAUGCUAAUCCUAAAUAUUUCAAGUAAAAUCAGGCAGAUAGCAGUUGUACAGCAUCAAAGAACUGCAAACAAUUCUCAGAAAUACUGCUGCUAACAGAUUUGUUGCUUAUCCUGCCGAUGAGCUUAUUUUCACACUGCCAGUUCCUCAUGCUGUUCUUGUGUCUUGCAGUCUACAUGACUAUUGGGGAACCCCUGCCAAAGGGCUUUAAACAUGGCUAAAAAGCAUGCAGUGUGC